AUGCUCCGGCCGUGGCUGCUGCUGUCCUGCUGCGGAGCCCUGCUCAGCACUGGUCUGGCCGACACUUCCUACACCAGCCCAGGCCUCUGGAGGCUGAAGGACUCUCCACAGACAGCCCCAGACAAAGGCCAGUGCUCCACGUGGGGGGCUGGUCACUUCUCCACCUUCGACCACCAUGUGUACGACUUCUCGGGGACGUGCAACUACAUCUUCGCGGCCACGUGCAAGGACGCCUUCCCCACCUUCAGUGUCCAGCUGCGGCGAGGUCCAGACGGGAGCAUCUCGAGGAUCAUCGUGGAGCUGGGGGCCUCCAUCGUCACCGUGAGCGAAGCCACCAUCUCAGUCAAGGACAUCGGGGUCAUCAGCCUGCCCUACACCAGCAAUGGGCUCCAGAUCACACCCUUUGGCCAGAGUGUGCGGCUGGUGGCCAAGCAGCUGGAGCUAGAGCUGGAGGCCGUGUGGGGCCCUGACAGCCACCUCAUGGUUCUGGUGGAGCGGAAGUACAUGGGCCAGAUGUGUGGGCUCUGCGGAAACUUUGACGGGAAGGUGACCAAUGAGUUUGUCAGUGAGGAGGGCAAGUUCCUGGCACUCCACAAGUUCGCUGCCCUCCAGAAGCUGGACGACCCCGGUGAGAUCUGCACCUCUGAGGACAUCCCCAACACCCACGUCCGGCAGGUCCAGCAUGCCCAGAUCUGCACACAGCUGCUGACCCUGGUGGCCCCCGAGUGCAGCGUGUCCAAGGAGCCCUUCGUGCUAAGCUGCCAGGCAGACGUGGCCGCAGCCACCCAGCCAGGCCCACAGAACAGCAGCUGUGCCACCCUGUCCGAGUACUCCCGCCGGUGCAGCAUGGUGGGCCAGCCCGUCCGCCGCUGGCGGGGUCCCGGCCUGUGCUCCGUGGGUCAGUGCCCAGCCAACCAGGUGUACCAGGAGUGCGGCUCGGCCUGUGUGAAGACCUGCUCCAACCCGCAGCACAGCUGCUCCAGCUCCUGCACCUUCGGGUGCUUCUGCCCAGAAGGUACGGUCCUGAAUGACCUCUCCAGUAACCACACCUGCGUGCCCGUCACCCAGUGCCCCUGUCUGCUCAACGGCGCCAUGUAUGCCCCCGGGGAGGUCACAAUAGCCGCCUGCCAAACCUGCCAGUGCACCCAGGGCCGCUGGGCGUGCAGGGAGCGGCCAUGCCCCGGCCACUGCUCCCUGGAAGGUGGCUCCUUCGUCACCACGUUCGACGCCAGGCCCUACCGCUUCCACGGCGCCUGCACCUACAUCCUCCUCCAGAGCCCCCAGCUUCCCGAGGAUGGUGCCCUCAUGGCUGUGUACGACAAGUCCGGCUUCUCACAGUCCGAGACCUCCCUGGUGGCCGUGGUCUAUCUCUCCAGGCAGGACAAAAUUGUGAUCUCUCAGGACGAGGUGGUCACCAACAACGGAGAAGCCAAGUGGCUGCCAUACAAGACUCGCAACAUCACGGUCUUCAGGCAGACGUCCACCCACCUCCAGAUGGCCACCAGCUUCGGGCUGGAACUCGUGGUCCAGCUGCGCCCUGUCUUCCAGGCCUACAUCACUGUUGGGCCCCAGUUCAGAGGUCAGACCAGAGGGCUCUGUGGCAACUUCAACGGGGACACUACGGACGACUUCACCACCAGCGUGGGUAUCGCCGAGGGCACCGCCUCGCUGUUUGUGGACUCCUGGCGGGCGGGGAACUGUCCAGCCGCUCUGGAGCGUGAGACUGACCCCUGCUCUAUGAGCCAGCUCAACAAGGUGUGUGCGGAGACCCACUGUUCCAUGCUGCUGAGGACAGGCACGGUGUUCGAGAGGUGCCAUGCCACAGUGAACCCCGCGCCCUUCUACAAGAGGUGCGUGUACCAGGCCUGCAACUACGAGGAGACCUUCCCCCACAUCUGCGCUGCCCUGGGCGACUAUGUACACGCCUGCGCCUCACGGGGCGUCCUGCUCUGGGGCUGGAGAAGCAGCGUGGACAACUGCACUGUCCCCUGCACGGGCAACACCACCUUCAGCUACAACAGCCAAGCCUGUGAGCGCACCUGCCUGUCGCUGUCAGACCGUGCCACCGAGUGCCAUGCCAGCGCGGUGCCCGUGGACGGUUGCAACUGCCCCAAUGGCACCUACCUGAACCACAAGGGCGAGUGUGUGCGCAAGGCCCAGUGCCCGUGCACACUGGAGGGUUACAAAUUCAUCCUGGCCGAGCAGUCCACCAUCAUCAACGGCGUCACCUGCUACUGCAUCAAUGGGCGGCUGAGUUGCCCGCAGCGACCACAGAUGUUCCUGGCCACCUGCCAGGCCCCCAAGACCUUCAAGUCCUGCAGCCAGUCCUCUGAGAACAAGUUUGGGGCGGCCUGUGCCCCCACAUGCCAGAUGCUGGCCACUGGUGUUGCCUGCGUGCCCACCAAGUGUGAGCCUGGCUGUGUCUGUGCCGAGGGCCUCUACGAGAAUGCCGACGGGCAGUGUGUGCCCCCUGAGGAGUGCCCGUGUGAGUUCUCGGGGGUCUCCUACCCUGGGGGAGCUGAGCUCCACACCGACUGCAGGACCUGCACCUGCUCCAGGGGGAGGUGGGCCUGCCAGCAGGGCACCCACUGCCCGUCCACCUGCACCCUCUACGGGGAGGGCCACAUCGUCACCUUCGACGGCCAACGCUUCGUAUUCGACGGCAACUGCGAGUACAUCCUGGCCACGGACGGGUGUGGUGCCAAUGAUUCACAGCCCACCUUCAAGAUCCUGACAGAGAACGUCAUCUGUGGGAACUCCGGGGUCACGUGUUCACGCGCCAUCAAGAUCUUCCUGGGGGGCCUGUCCGUGGUGCUGGCAGACAGAAACUACACGGUCACCGGGGAGGAGUCCCACGUGCAGCUCAGUGUGAGGCCGGGCACGCUGAGCCUUGUCGUGGACAUCAGUGUCCCCGGAAGGUACAACCUGACACUCAUCUGGAACAGGCACAUGACCAUCCUCAUCAGGAUCACCCGUGCCUCCCAGGAUCCCCUCUGCGGCUUGUGUGGCAACUUCAACGGGAAUAUGAAGGACGACUUUGAGACGCGCAGCAGGUACGUGGCGUCCAGCGAGCUGGAGUUCGUGAACUCGUGGAAGGAGAGCCCGCUGUGCGGGGACGUGAGCUUCGUGGCGGACCCCUGCAGCCUCAAUGCCUUCCGGCGCUCCUGGGCCGAGCGCAAGUGCAGCAUCAUCAACAGCCAGACCUUUGCUGCCUGCCACAGCAAGGUAUACCACCUGCCCUACUACGAGGCCUGCGUGCGCGACGCAUGUGGGUGUGACAGUGGCGGGGACUGUGAGUGUCUGUGUGACGCUGUGGCCGCCUACGCCCAAGCCUGUCUAGACAAGGGUGUGUGUGUGGACUGGAGGACCCCGGACUUCUGCCCCAUCUACUGCGGCUUCUACAACACGCACACGCAGGACAGCCACGGCGAGUACCAGUACACCCAGGAGGCCAACUGCACGUGGCACUACCAGCCCUGCCUCUGCCCCGGCCAACCACAGAGCGUCCCAGGCAGCAACAUCGAAGGCUGCUACAACUGCUCCCAGGAUGAGUACUUCGACCACGAGGAGGGGGUGUGCGUGCCCUGCAUGCCAGCCACCACACCGCAGCCAUCCACCACAGGCUCACGGCCCACACAAGUCUGGCCCACAACGGGAACCUCCACCACCAUCGGGCUUCUCAGCUCCACCGGACCCUCACCCAGCUCCAAACACACCCCUGCCAGCCCCACCCAGACACCCCUCCUUCCAGCCACGCUCACAUCCUCCAAGCCCACGGCCUCCUCGGGAGAAUCACCUAGACCAACCACGGCCGUCACCCCACAAGCCACAUCAGGGCUGCCUCCCACAGCCACACUGAGAUCGACAGCCACAAAACCCACAGUGACCCAGGCCACAACCAGGGCCACGGCAUCGACCGCCAGCCCAGCCACAACGUCCACAGCUCAGUCCACAACACGGACCACGGUGACACCACCAACACCAGCCACACCAGGGACAAGCCCCACACUGCCAAAAUCGACAGAUCAGGAACUGCCAGGAACAACGGCCACCCAGACGACAGGCCCACGUCCAACCCCAGCGAGCACCACGGGCCCAACCACCCCACAGCCAGGACAACCCACGAGGCCCACAGCCACAGAGACAACUCAAACAGGAAAGACUACUGAAUACACAACGCCCCAAACCCCACACAUCACACACUCCCCACCUACAGGGAGCAUUCCUAUCUCUUCCACAGGUCCUAUCACUGCAACAUCUUUCCAGACCACCACUACCUAUCCAACACCAUCACACCCUCAGACCACACUUCCCACUCACGUUCCACCUUUCUCCACCUCCUUGGUGACUCCAACUACUCACACAGUCAUCACCCCCACCCACGCACAGAUGUCGACUUCCUCCUCCAUCCACUCAGUGCCAAUAGGCACCAUUCCUCCACCAACAACGGUCAAGGUCACAGGGUCCACCCACACAGCCCCACCGACGACAGCAAACACCAGUGGGACCAGCCAAGCACACAGCUCAUUCAGCACAGCCAAAACCUCUACAUCCCUACAUUCACACACUUCCUCCACACACCAUCCUCAAGUCACCCCAACUUCUACCACCAUCACCCCCAAUCCUACCAGUACAGGAACCAGCACCCCUGUGGCCCACACCACCUCAGCCACCAGCAGCAAGCCACCUACACCCUUCACCACACACUCCCCACCUACAGGGAGCAUUCCUAUCUCUUCCACAGGUCCUAUCACUGCAACAUCCUUCCAGACCACCACUACCUAUCCAACACCAUCACACCCUCAGACCACACUUCCCACUCACAUUCCACCUUUCUCCACCUCCUUGGUGACUCCAACUACUCACACUGUCAUCACCCCUACCCACGCGCAGAUGUCCACUUCCUCCUCCAUCCACUCAGUGCCAAUAGGCACCAUUCCUCCACCGACAACGGUCAAGGUCACAGGGUCCACCCACACAGCCCCACCAAUGACAGCAAACACCAGUGGGACGAGCCAAGCCCUGAGCUCAUUCAGCACAGCCAAAACCUCUACAUCCCUACAUUCACACACUUCCUCCACACACCAUCCUCAAGUCACCCCAACUUCUACCACCAUCACCCCCAAACCCACCAGUACAGGAACCGCCCCACCAAUGACAGCGACCACCAGUGGGACCAGCCAAGCACACAGCUCAUUCAGCACAGCCAAAACCUCUACACCCCUACAGUCACACACUUCCUCCACACACCAUCCUGAAGUUACCCCAACUUCUACCACCAUCACCCCCAACCCCACCAGUACAGGAACCGGCACCCCUGUGGUCCACACCACCUCGGCCACCAGCAGCAGGCUACCCACAACCUUCACCACACACUCCCCACCUACAGAGAGUAGUCCCGUCUCUUCCACAGGUCCUAUCACUGCAACAUCCUUCCAGACCACCACUACCUAUCCAACCCCAUCACACCCUCAGACCACACUUCCCACUCACGGUCCAUCUUUCUCCACCUCCUUGGUGACUCCAACUACUCACACUGUCAUCACCCCUACCCACGCGCAGAUGUCCACUUCCUCCUCCAUCCACUCAGUGCCAAUAGGCACCAUUCCUCCACCAACAACGGUCAAGGUCACAGGGUCCACCCACACAGCCCUACCAAUGACGCCAACCACCAGUGGGAACAGCCAAGACCACAGCUCAUUCAGCACAGCCAAAACCUCUACACCCCUACAUUCACACACUUCUUCCACACACCAUCCUGAAGUCACCCCAACUUCUACCACCACGAUUACUCCCAAUCCCACCAGUACAGGCACCGGAACCCCUGUGGCCCACACCACCUCGGCCACCAGCAGCAGGCUACCCACAAUCUUCACCACACACUCCCCACCUACGGGGAGCAGUCCCGUCUCUUCCACAGGUCCUAUGACUGCAACAUCCUUCCAGACAACCACUACCUAUCCAACACCAUCACACCCUCAGACCACACUUUCCACUUACGUUCCACCUUUCUCCACCUCCUUGGUGACUCCAACUACUCACACAGUCAUCACCCUUACCCACGCACAGAUGUCCACUUCUACCUCCAUCCACUCAACGCCAACAGGCACCAUUUCUCCACCGACAACGGUCAAGGCCACAGGGUCCACCCACACAGCCCCAUCAAUGACAGUGACUACCAGUGGGACCAGCCAAGCCCACAGCUCAUUCAGCACAACCACAGCCUCUUCUUCCUUCAUAUCCUCCUCCUCAUGGCGGCCUCCGAACUCUAGCUCAAGGCCACCGUCACCACCUUCCGCCACCACACAACUCCCCCACUUGAGUUCUGCAACCACUCCUGUUUCUACAACUAAUCAGCUGUCCUCAUUUUCUCCCACUCCUUCUGCCCAGUCUUCUGUUUCUUCUCAUGUACCUUCCUCCCACUCCUCUCCCCAGACUUCAUCUUCAGCUGGUACAUCUUCCUCUGUCGUGUCCACCCCCGUGCACUCCACAACCCUGAGCUCGAGCUCACACUCCUCCUUCUUCACUCAUCCCACAACUGCAUCAGGGUCUGCAUCUCCCUUUUUUCCUUCUUCUCCAGCUGCCUCUACCACCAUUAGGGCCUCUCUCCCCCACACUAUCUCCUCUCCUUUCACCCCCUCUGCUCUACUCCCCAUAUCCACUCUUACUGUGUCUCCCACCCCAUCCAGUCAGCAAGCCUCCAGCUCCGCUGCAUUUCCGUCCACGCCCAGGACCACGGCCAGCACCCACACCGCCCCUGCCUUCUCCUCUCAGUCCACCACCUCGCGGUCCACUUCUCUCACCACCCGAGUUCCCACGUCAGGCUUUGUGUCACUCACCUCGGGGGUGACGGGUAUCCCUAGCUCUCCACUCACCAACCUUACCACCAGGCACCCUGGUCCCACCUCACUGCCUACCACGCAGUUCCUGACCAGCUCCCUCACUGCGCAUGGAAGCGCCCCUGCUUCUGCCCCGGUAUCUUCUCUCGGGACACCUACGCCCACAUCACCUGGGGUCUGCAGCGUGCAGGAGCAGCAGGAGGAGAUCACGUUCAAGGGAUGCACGGCGAACGUGACGGUAACCCGCUGUGAGGGCACCUGCAUUUCUGCCGCCAGUUACAACACCAUCACCCAGCAGGUGGACGCCCACUGCGGCUGCUGCCGCCCCCUCCACUCCUAUGAGCAGCAGGUGGAGCUGCCCUGCCCAGACCCCAGCGCGCCUGGCCGGCAGCUCGUACUCACCCUGCAGGUGUUCAGCCGCUGCAAGUGCAGCUCUGUGGCCUGUGGAGCCUAGCAGGGUCGCUGCCCGCUCUCCUGGGGCUGAAGGACUGCAGAUGACAGACAGGACAAACACCCGCCGGCCCCCCUCCCACUUGUGCCGGCAGCUGCUUUCCUGGUCACCAGGCCUGGCCCGCAAGUGCCCCCAGCUGUGGCUCACCUGGGGCACCGGUGGGAGAGGGGCUGCCAAGCAGAGGCUCAGACCACCACACCCCUGCAGACCCUGAGCCAGCAGAGAGGGACUGAGGCGGGCAGUGGCCACGCAUCCUCCCAGGCACACAGGGCACUCCCGACCACCCGUCUGCCAUCCAACACCUCCCAGCCCUUGAACUUGGCCCCAGCCCUGCUGGGCCCAGAACCCUGCAGAUGAGGCCAGAGCAGGCGCUGGACCAGACCCGUCAGGACCUGUGCUGAGAUGGGGGCAAGAGGCCCAGGCAGCCACCGACACAGAGAAGAGGAGUUCCCCAGAGUCAGGGAGGGCAGAGGGUGGCAGCGAGGGCAGGGCAGCCACCCCCGCUCCCAGCCAGGCAAAAGGCCCCGGCCAGCACCACACCUGUCCCCAGCAGCUUGUCCUCGGGAGAGGGCGUCACCCGGCCAGAGACUCCAAAUAAACUGGUUCUUGUCAAGGCA